AUGAAGCUCACCAAAUCCGACCUCAGCGCUGUCCUGCUUGCCUCGGCACUGCCCGCCGCUCAGGCUGCGUGCAGCCUGCCGUCCAGCUACAAGUGGACUUCAAGCGGCUCUUUGGCCAACCCAAGGUCGGGUUGGGCCAACCUCAAGGAUUUCACCUACGCCCCCUACAACGGCAAGCACCUCGUGUAUGCCAGCUACUUCGGAGGGAACUAUGGCUCCAUGAACUUUGGUCUCUUCUCGGACUGGUCGAGCAUGGGCUCGGCUAGCCAGAACGCCAUGAACUCGGCCACCGUCGCACCCACGCUCUUCUACUUCGCUCCCAAGAGCAUCUGGGUCCUGGCCUACCAAUGGGGCGCCACCCCCUUCUCCUACCGCACAUCGAGCGACCCGACCAACCCGAACGGCUGGUCCAGCGCCCAGCCGCUCUUCUCCGGGAGCAUCUCCGGCUCCGACACCGGGCCCAUCGAUCAGACCCUGAUUGGUGACGGUACUAACAUGUACCUGUUCUUCGCCGGCGAUAACGGCAAGAUCUACCGCGCAAGCAUGCCCAUCGGCAACUUCCCGGGCAACUUCGGCUCGGGCUCGACCGUCAUCAUGAGCGGCGCCAAGAACGACCUCUUCGAGGCCGUGCAGGUUUACACGGUGGACGGCCAGAGCCGGCCGACAUACCUCAUGAUCGUGGAGUCGAUCGGGGCGCGGGGCCGGUACUUCCGGUCGUACACGGCCACCAGCCUGGGCGGGUCGUGGACGCCGCAGGCGACGAGCGAGAGCGCGCCCUUCGCCGGCAAGGCCAACAGCGGCGCGACGUGGACCAACGAUAUCAGCCACGGCGACCUGCUCCGCAGCAAGGCGGACGAGACCAUGACCAUCGACCCGUGCAACCUGCAGCUGUUGUACCAGGGCCGCUCCGGCGAUAGCAGCGACUACAACUCGCUGCCCUACCGCCCCGGCCUCCUCACCCUCCAGGGCGCCACCGGCGGCAGCCCCGACCCCGGCACCGGCGGUGGCGACGGCGGUGGCGGCGGUGGUAGCGGUGGCACCGUCCCGCAGUACGGCCAGUGCGGCGGCAAGACCUACACCGGCCCGACCACCUGCGCCAGCCCCUUCAAGUGCACCUUCUCGAACGAAUGGUACUCUCAAUGCAUUUAAGGAGUGACGGACAGGACGGGAAGCGCGGACUAUCACAAGGGCAGGGGACAGGGCCCGGCAAUGAUUCGUAGAACCGCUGGAGAAAGGCUGGUUUGGCCACUUUCACUGUGUAUAGUGACAUAUCUCGUACAUACAAUUUGGAACGUAUUUUAUGACCC